AUGGUGUCUACUUCCUGCAUUAGGCGCCAUUUUCGGCGUUGCGAUUGAAUAACAGCAUGCUCUCGUCAAACAGAUAAUAAAACUAUAUAAGACUACAGCUUGGUUUUCCGAACUCGUUACAACCAUGGGAAGAAAGAAGAAGAAGCAGAUGAAACCUUGGUGCUGGUAUUGCAAUCGGGACUUUGAUGACGAAAAGAUCCUCAUUCAACAUCAAAAGGCUAAGCAUUUCAAAUGUCAUAUUUGCCAUAAGAAGUUGUACACUGGCCCGGGCCUUGCCAUUCACUGCAUGCAGGUACACAAAGAGACUAUUGACAGCGUGCCAAAUGCGAUUCCUGGCAGAACAGACAUUGAGCUUGAGAUCUACGGUAUGGAGGGUAUUCCUGAGAAAGACAUGCAAGAAAGGAGGCGGACGUUAGAACAGAAAUCUCAAGAUGGUAAGAAGAAAAAUGAUGACUCGGAUGAUGAUGAUGACGAUGAUGAACCGGGACCGUCGGCGCAGCAGGUUGCUGGAAUGCCACCUCAGCCUGGCUAUGCCGCGCCAAUGGCUCAGUCGGGUAUACCCCCAGUAGCUGGUGGGCCAGGGAUGCCUCCAGGUGGAUAUCAAGGAAUGCCGCCAAUGAUGCCAGGUGUUCCUCCCAUGAUGCACGGCAUGCCUCCCAUGCAUGGAAUGCCUCCAGGCAGGAUGAUGCCAAUGGGCGGAAUGAUGCCUCCGAUGAUGCCUGGAAUGCCUGGUAUGCCGCCAGGAAUGCCUCCACACAUGGCUCCGAGGCCAGGGAUGCCGCACAUGUCCCCCGCUCCUGCAGCAGGAGUCAUACCCAGUCGACCAUCUGUGCCGGCGGGCCAACCCGCUGUCACCAAGCCUCUUUUCCCCAGUGCAGCACAGAUGGGCACAGCAGCUGUAUCCUCUCCACCUACAGACAAUCAGUCUGCCUCCUCUCAGCUGCCCUUACCUAACUCACCUCAAGCCCAGCAAAGUGCUUCUGGAGUGGCUGCAGCAAACUCUCACAGUGCCACCGCAGCCUCCUCUGAGCCGCCCAAAGCAACAUUCCCUGCAUAUACCCAACCCUCUGUCUCUUCCUCUGCCUCCACUUCCUCAUCUAACCCCUCUAGCAGUACUGUGGCCAAAGCCCCAGCCACAGUGCCCACUAAACCUACCACCCUCUCCGCCACGAGUGCAACUAGUAAGUUGAUCCACCCUGAUGAGGAUAUCUCGCUGGAGGAACUGAGGGCUCAGUUGCCCCGUUACCAGCGUCUCUUAGCCAGAACGGCUCAGGCCCAUGCGGCUGCUCCCUCCGUGGCGGCUGUCGGCGGCAUGAUGGCCCCACAGCAAGGUCUGCCACCACAGCAGCCUGGCAUGAGGCAUCCCAUGCAUGGUCAGUAUGGUGCCCCCCCACAGGGCAUGCCAAGCUACAUGCCUGGAGGGAUGCCUCCUUUCGGGCAGGGUCCUCCUCUGGUGCCCCCUUACCAGGGAGGCCCUCCCAUGGGCAUGAGGCCACCCGUCAUGUCUCCUGCUGGGCGCUACUGAAGCAGCAAAGCAGCCACCACAUUAGGUUUGAGGUUAAUACCUUUCUCUCAUCCUUGUACAUUUUCAGACCUAAGAGUAGUAAGGCCCGUGGUGGCGAAGACUUUAAUUGUUGUUGGCAACACAUGGACAAUUUGUGUAACUACAUAAGUUCCAACUGCUUCUUUUCUUGUGAAAAUAAAUUCUUUCCCCUCGUAGGUUUCACUCAGGUUCUUAGAGGUGUGUUAAAGUCAUUCAUAUUUCUGUUGAAGCUGCUGGACUUACAUGAACGUACCAACACCUUACAAAGGCAAGUUUAUCCUGUAAACCAUUUAUUGACUUUUGUUUAUUUUGUAGAUCACUCAAGGCCCUCACAGCAUGCUUAGGUGCUGUUGGACUUGCGUCCCCAACCUUGGUUGGUGAGGGCCACAGUGAUGAUUCCAACUUUCUAGUGUCACCUAUCUGUGGCUCAUGAGUUUAGCUUUAUUUGGGGAUUUUAUUUCCUGCUUUCAAGGUUACCUGUGUGCAUCCUUUGUAAUGUUUUAUCAAGCUGUUGUAAUAAAAUCCACCUUAAAACUGC